AUGGUAAUGGAGGGAGAGAUUUGGUGUAAGCCUGAAUAUGAAGAUGGAUGUUGUGAAGUUUGCCCCACAUUGGCUCCAACACCUGGGCCAACAUCAUCUCCAUCACUGGCACCAACACCGAACCCAACUGUUCCACCUUCUCAUGCCCCAACUCCAACACCUUCUCAGGGACCCACUGUGUCCCCAACCAUGAAUUGGACACCGAAGCCAUCAGACUAUCCCACGCCCAUUCCAUCACAAAAGGCGACCCUGGGUCCGACACCAGCACCUUCUGAACAGACGCCACAACCAUCACCCAAGCUAACAUCUUUCCCAACAUCAGUCCCAACGCAAACUCCCACUAUGAAUUGGACACCGAAGCCAUCGGAGUAUCCCACACCCAUUCCAUCACAAAAGGUAACCCUGGGUCCGACACCAGCACCUUCUGAACAGACGCCACAGCCGUCAUCCAAGGCAACAUCAAUCCCAACACCAGUCCCAACACAAACUCCCACUAUGAAUUGGACACCGAAGCCAUCAGAGUAUCCCACACCCAUUCCAUCACAAAAGAUGACUCUUGGUCCAACACUAUCACCAACUAGUAUUCCUACACUUGGACCAACUGAUGCACCAACACAUGAAAUGACUUGUUCUGACUUGGGUAUGGGUUAUGAUUUUGGAUACAGGCAUGCUGGAUGCUCUAUGGUGACACAGGAGCCCUUCUUUUCACAGAGAUUUGGAAAGACUGGGGAUCCUGAUUCCACCUGUAACACCGCUGUGCCCGGUCUUAUCACAAUUGGGUGUAGUAUUCCCAACAGUGGAUCCUGGCAGAUGGCAACAUUGACUUCUACGGUGGAGGUUGCUGUUUUCAUAAAGGGAGGAUCAGAAGGCUCACUGUAUCAACUAGAGAAAGAUGAACCGGAAACACUUGGAGUCCAACCCCUGCUCCCACAACACCUUGUUGCGCUCUUCCUCUUCCAUGGGGAUAUUCCCUGCCACCUGCGGACCCACCUGGACAGUGCUUGA